AUGUUCGAGAAGGUUCCUUUGUCGUACCUUUCAAAGGCAUAUCCUACUGCUAUCUAUCAUAUUUCUAAAGAGAUGGUUAAUUUUGAAGUUAAUGGGAAUAAAACUUCAAUCUCAAAGGCCCAUUACUACAAGUUUCUAGGGUUUUCUUCUUCGGCUGAUCUUAUUCAACCUGAAUCAGUGUCUAUUUCAAGUCUUAUAUCAAUGUUUCAUCUAAUAGACAUUUGUGAAAUUCUUCCUUAUCUUAAAUCCGCUCUUGAAACUUUUGAGUUGCCAAAAAGAGGAGGAAAACAACAAUUACAAGCUAUUGGAGAUGUUCCCCAGAAAAAGAAGCAUCAACAAAAACCAAAGAAUCAGAGAAUGGUGAUUGGUGAAGAUUCUGAUUAUCAUACUCAAGGUAAGGAUUUAAGGGAAGACUAUUUUGUUCAUGCUGAUACAGUACACUAUUCCAAACUCCUUCCUAUGAUUUCUAAACCAAUUAUCUCUGCUGAAAUUCCGAAACUUUCUACUUCACUAUCAACUCCACCUGAGUCUGAUGUUUAUCAACAUUUGAAAGAACCUACUAUUGAUCUUUCUCAAACUCGACCAUCUUCACUUCCAAUAUCUACAUCAGUUCCAGAUAAUUCUUUUAUACCACCUAUUUCACAAUGUGUUUUUGAACCAACAUCAAUGUACAAACCACUUUGCCAUUCCCGUCUCUGGUGUUCUCUGAUUCUACAACAACGACUCCUAUUUCUCAAGCAACAUCGAUUGUUGAUAUUCCACCAGAGCCUUGCUAUUGCGCAACAAGGGGAGAUGAGGAACAAGAGGAACAAGAACAAGAAGCUAUUGAAAAUGAAGUUCCUAUUGAUAUCAAAUUCCAGAAUUAAAAUUGAGGAAGCCUUAUGA